ACAGCGCACAGCUGGUUAAAAUCAAAAUCUAAUGUUCCACGGCUGGUUUAAUGGUGAAAUAGAUUAGCAAUGGAUAUAGCCACAAGCAUUAAGUUCUGUGAUGUCUGCGAGCUGUUCGAGAAAGUCAAGGCAACAGAGAAGAUUCAGGACAAGGAGGAUGUGCUGAAAAGCUACUACGAGUCGUUCUGCCGCCAUCGGGAGGCAUUUCGCCAGGCGGCCGGCCUAACGGACGAUCCGAGUGAGAAUGGCUCCAGCAGCUUCCACUCGGUCCUGCGCCUGCUGUUGCCCAGUGCGGACACUAGAAGGGACAACUACGGCCUGCAGAUAACCGCUCUGGGUCGCCUCUACACCAGAGUGCUGCAGCUGACGAGAGAGUCUCGCGAUGCCAUAAUGCUGCAACAUCGCAGCGGAACCUCAUAUCGUGACUAUGGGGAUGUGGUUUAUGCCGUGCUUGUGUCCCGUUGCUUUAAUCCUCCCAGCGAUCUGCGCCUCAAAAGCAUCCACGAAAUGCUCGAUACAAUUGCCAACGAGGAUACAACAGUGAAGGAGCAGGAGCUGAUACGUUUCACAGAACAAGCCUCGGCCAAGGAGCAGAAGUGGCUAAUCCGAAUACUCCUAAAGUCCCUGGGACUGGGCAUCGGGGAGCAGCGCAUUUUCGGAAUUCUGCAUCCGAAUGCUAAGGACAUUUACCAGCGCUGCUCAGACCUCAGUCACGUCUGCAAUUUAAUUGCCAAUAACUUAUCCGAUCUGGCAGUAAGCGACACGCAGAACAAAGGCAAAGCCAAGAGCCAACCAUCCACGAUUAACCUGAACGCAGUCAUCAGGCCCUUCCAUCAGAUCCGUCCGAUGCUCUGCGAGCGUUUUCCCGGCAACAUUCAGGAGCUAAUGCAGUCGGAUGUUCUGUAUCUGGAGACCAAAAUGGAUGGCGAGCGUUUCCAGCUGCAUUAUGAUCGUGGUCGCUUCAUGUACCUUUCCCGCAACGGCGUGGACUAUACGAACAAUUUUGGCGACGACUUUAGCCGGGGCACGUUGACGCCGGAAUUGCGUGGUCUGCUGCCGCGCAGCCUGCAGUCGAUCAUCCUCGACGGCGAGAUGAUGGUGUGGGACACCAACCUGAAAAAGUACCGCGAAAAGGGCGAGAACACGGAUGUAAAAAACCUCAAGCCCGACCGUAGCUGGCGUCCCUGCUUUGUGGUCUACGAUCUGCUGUACCUAAAUGGCCAGAGUCUGCUCGAUUUGAGCUACAUUCAGCGCUCCUACAAGCUGCAAAAGCUGAUAGGCGAACAGCAGGGAGUGCUGCAGUUGAUGCGCAGCACCAAAAUCGGAUCAAUCGAUGAAUUCAAUGAGCUCUUCCAGCGAGCCCUCGACCACAAUGCCGAAGGCAUUGUGCUGAAAAAGCAGAGCUCCAUCUAUCAGCCGGGAGUUCGCGUCGGCGGUGGAUGGUACAAGGACAAGGCAGAUUACAUCAAGGGCCUCAUCACCGAGUUUGAUGUUCUCAUCAUGGGAGGCUUCUACAAUCGCAAGCGAACGUUUGUUGAUUCGUUUCUGCUGGGCGUACUCCAGCCAAUGGCCAGCAGCGACAGCCGCCAUGAGGUUUACAGCAUUGGCUGCGUUGCCAACAACACGCGACAGGCUGUGGUGCUGAACCAUACGCUGAAGCCACACUGGCACGAUGCCACCAAGGAGCCGCCGCCACUGUGGUACCAUUACAUGGCCAGCGAAAAGAUUGGCUGCCCGGACCUGUGGAUCGAGCCACAAAAGUCGAUUAUAUUGCAGGUAAAGGCAGCGGAUCUGACGCCCAAUAGUGCCUUCUACACGCGCAAAGCUCUGCACUUUCCACGCAUCGAACUGAAGCGGGAUGACAAGCCAUGGAAUGAAUGCAUGACGCUGCAGGAGUUCAACCAGCUGUGUGAGGGCUCUGGUCCGAUCAAGAAGCUGAACAAGCGUCACCUGUGCCUGGAUGAUUUGACUACGAAACGAAAACGUCUGCGCAUGACGCCCGCAGAGCGCAGUCGUCUUGGGCUGGCCAUCUAUGAGAAGCGCUACGAUGUGGCGACGACUUCCAGUUGCUCGAAACUGUUCGAAGGCCUUAGUUUCUGCAUUCUGAGUGGUGCGCCAGGCCAGAGCAAGCACAAACUGCAGGCAUUGGCAGCCAAGAACGGUGGCGCCAUUGUGGAGAAUCCGCUGCCCAACGAUCCCAAAUGCUUCUGCAUAGCAGGCGAUCAAACGUUCCUGGUAAGGCGAUUAAUGCAGCUGCAGCCACGCACCAGCGACAUUGUGCGCACGGAGUGGCUGGUGCGCGUCUGCCAGAAGCAAGAGCUCGAGCUACGCCCGAAGGAUUUGCUGUCGGCCACCGAGCCACUGCAGAAUGAUUUGGCUGAUUAUUAUGACAAGUUGGGAGACAGCUACACAAAGGACAUUGCCGGCGUUGACGAGCUGCUCGAAAUACUGCAGGACAUCGACACGGAGUUGCUUGGCGCCGCACCUGUCUCACAGUCCGAAGUGAAUGCCUUCGAAGACGCGUUGCUCGGUCAGGUCUCACAGAACAUAUUCCGUGGUCUGCAUGCCUACUUCCACGAUCCCCAGGGCGACGAGCUGGGCAAAGUUUUGUUCCUGCAGAAUGGCGGCACGCUCGCCAGCGAAGCCGAUGCCCAAGUGAACCUUGUCUUCGUUUGCAUGUCCUCUGAUCUGGACGACAAACAAUGCGAAUCGUGGCUGCAGAAACAUUUCAGUGCGCAUUCUGGCGAGGUUCUUAGCUCUGCAUGGAUCCAUCAAUCGCAUCGUGAGCGUCGCCUUCUAAAAAUGAGUUGUUUUUCGGUUAAAUAGAAGUGCGUACCACGAGCAUGUGCCUAUAAUUGGUUUGCAAAACUCCCAGUUCUUCUUUGAAAAAGAUUUCGUGUUUUUAUUUCACAUAAAAAGAGAUAACGAGCAGAUAAACGUUGGUUUUGUUCGGGAACGGGGGCAGGUUUAUGCUUGAAAAUGACACACAAUGUUUGCAGGUAAAUGUAAAUGGAAAUGUAAAUGUUUUCAAUGAUUUUCAGUUUUCUCUGUUUCGGAUUCAGCGUUUGCCCUGUGGCAAUAAGGACAUCAAAAAAUACACAUUAAAUCGUUAUAAAUGUUUGAUAUUCGUAUAUAUGUAUGUGUGUAAAUUGUUUACAAUGUGUAUAACAUUUAACAUUAACAAUUCUUAAACGCUCUCUCUCUUCUCUAAUUCUCUCUCUUUCUUUCUUAGUGCUGCCCUCCCUCCGUCUCCAUGUCAUUCGUUUUGCUAGUCUAAUGAGGAAUAUGCAAUCUCUGAGAUUGUUUAACACAUUUAUGGACUCCUUUGACAUCAUAUGUAUAUGUGUAGACUACGUAUCUCAAGUAAAGUGUUCAAAUUGGAUUCAAUUUUCCAUCUCGAAUAGGAUUUACAAACAAAUUGCUCCAAUAGGAGCAGCUCUCAGGUUUUCUUCUUUCUUCUUUCUUCUUUCUGUUUUCUGUUCAAAUAUUCUUGGGUGUGUGUGGCGGGGGGGAAAUUCGUGCUCUUUAUAGAUAGAAUAAAUAUAUGGUUCAACAUGUGUAUAUUUAUAUGUAUAUAAAUAAGGUUUUCAAAUGCACAUUUCGUUCGUUCUUUAUUUUUUUUGCUGGGGUCCGGGCAACGCAUGUUGAAAAACUGCCAACGGUUACAAUUACACCCUGCCGCGCCCAUUUUCUCAUCUUUUGCGAUAAUACAAUAGCAACCAUUUGCCUUUAAAGCAUUUACAUGACAUACACACACGUGGGGGAUGUACAUACAUAUAUAUAUUGGACAAUCUAGGAUAACACUGAUAUCUGGCUUACAGCGCGCUACUCUCACAUCUCACAUCUCAUCAUCUAUCGACAUUAAUUGUACUCGUUAUAUUUAAUAGUUACAUAAUUAUAAUUAUAAUAAUAGUCAUAACAUUAGUUUAAUAUUUCUUCCUCUUCUUUGUUUUCGUCCAUAAAUGUAAUUAAAA